AUUUUCAGAAAUGAUCAAUUACGACCUGGAAAGCAGCCAAUUAAUCGACGACAUCUGGAAGCAGAAAGCCAUCGCCGACCAACAAUUUAAGUUCAAGAGGACUAAUCUCGCAGCCAAAGAGGAAGCUGGGUUUAAGGACUCCAGACUGACUAGUUAUGGCAACCUUAAGUCUAUUGAGAAAUAGCGUCCUCACUUCUAAAAAACCAAGCACUGGGUAUGAAACUUACACACAUUGAUCUGCAAGGAAGAGGAGCAAAACUAAUAAAAACUUUAAUUUGACUCAUAUGGCCCAGAAGUUUAGAAAAUAGCUUGAAUUCUUCCCACAGAGUGAUCAUAAACCAGAGGAAAAUCAACAAAUAAAGAGCAAAAGUUACAUUUAAGAGAUCCUAAGUCUCAGGAUAGGAAGAAGAAGCUCAAAAAAUUUGUGAAGAAUUACUUCAAUGCAUGAUUAGGGCCUCAGAAAUGGGGACCUCAGAGACAAAAUUUUCACCAGAUCAGUCUUCGUAAGAGAAUCACUGAAGCAUAUAACCUCAACAAGCGGGCCAAGGGGCAUUCUAAGAAAACAAUCAGGCUGAAGAAGUUGGUCAACCCCAAACUUCUGGAUGGAGUUAACGAGAAAGGCUUUAAAAAUCUUAAAGUUGGUAGGAGGAGCACUCAACCCUCCAAAAGACACAAUAGCAGGAUCUUUAUGAAGAUCGACAAAGAAAUGGACAAUGAGCUCUAUCAUAUUACUAUUAAGAAGAAUAUGAAGAAGAAAAAUCUCACUAUUAGCGCUAGGAAUGACAAGAGCCAAAGCAAGAAGUCUGAUUACAAGAUAAAAAUACCUAAGCACAAGGCUAAUGAGGUUCUAGAAACUCAGUUUGGAGGCAGCCUGCUUAAUUUGACAGAUAGCCUGUGCAUUAAAAACAGAAAAUUAUUGCUCAUUCAUCCAAGUUUGAAUUCUGAAAACACCGAAAAUUUGAUGACUUUAGCAAACCAUAAUCCUGCUUUAAAUGAGCAGUCUGAGAAUACCCUCGAGUCAAUAAAUGAGAAUGCUUUGGGUAAUGCUUUGCUUUCAGAGGCUCAAAAUUUGCCAAGGAUUUCCGCAUCAAAAACUGCUGAAAAUUUCAGAACAAAAUAAGCAUUCAAUAUA